GACAACAGUCUGAGGGAGGGGCACGGCAAACAAGCCCCGCGAAGUUUCGAGGACCCGGAUAAUCCCGCCCCCAGAACAGAGCCGGAAGAGGGCGGGGCGAGCCGGAAGAAGGUGAAAUGCUUUCAGUAGGCACUCCAUGGCUGUGAAGAUGGCGGCGGCUGCGUGGCUUCAGGUGUUGCCUGUCAUUCUUCUGCUUCUGGGGGCUCAGCCGUCCCCGUUGUCACUUUUCGGUGCAGGACCGGCACCCGUGUCUGCUGCCGACCGGUCGAAGUGGCACAUUCCGAUACCGUCGGGGAAAAAUUAUUUUAGUUUUGGAAAGAUCCUCUUCAGAAAUACCACUAUAUUCCUGAAAUUUGAUGGAGAACCUUGUGAUCAGUCUUUGAAUAUAACCUGGUAUCUGAAAAGUGCUGAUUGUUACAAUGAAAUCUAUAGCUUCAAGUCAGAAGAAGUAGAGACAUACUUGGAAAAACUUAAGGAAAAAAGAGGCUUGUCUGGGAAAUAUCAAACGUCAUCAAAAUUGUUCCAGAACUGCAGUGAACUCUUUAAAACACAGAGCUUUUCUGGGGAUUUUGUGCAUCGACUGCCUCUUUUAGGAGAAAAGCAAGAGGCUAAGGAGAAUGGAACAAAUCUUACCUUUAUUGGAGACAAAACUGCUAAAUUACUGGAGGUUGAACCACUGGAUCCAAGGGCAAUGCAUGAACCAUUGCAAACUUGGCAAGAUGCACCAUACAUUUUUAUUGUACAUGUUGGCAUUUCAUCCUCAAAGGAAUUAUCAAAAGAAAAUUCACUAAGUAAUCUUUUUACCAUGACUGUUGAAGUGAAGGGUCCAUAUGAAUACCUCACACUUGAAGACUACCCCUUGAUGAUUUUUUUUAUGGUGAUGUGUAUUGUAUAUGUCCUGUUUGGUGUUCUAUGGCUGGCAUGGUCUGCCUGCUACUGGCGAGAUCUUCUGAGAAUUCAGUUUUGGAUUGGUGCUGUCAUCUUCUUGGGAAUGCUUGAGAAGGCUGUCUUCUAUGCAGAAUUUCAGAAUAUUCGGUACAAAGGAGAAUCAGUGCAAGGUGCCUUGAUCCUUGCAGAGCUGCUUUCUGCAGUGAAACGCUCACUGGCUCGAACGCUGGUCAUAAUAGUCAGUCUGGGAUAUGGCAUAGUCAAGCCACGCCUUGGAGUCACUCUUCACAAGGUUGUGGUAGCAGGAGCCCUCUAUCUUUUGUUCUCUGGCAUGGAAGGGGUCCUCAGAGUUACUGGGUAUUUUUCUUAUUCCUUGGCUCUGACAGUAAACCUGGCCCUCUCAGCAAUUGAUGCCUGUUUUAUUUUAUGGAUAUUUAUUAGCCUGACUCAAACGAUGAAGCUAUUAAAACUUCGGAGGAACAUUGUAAAACUCUCCUUAUACCGACAUUUUACCAACACGCUUAUCUUGGCAGUGGCAGCAUCUAUUGUAUUUAUCAUCUGGACAACCAUGAAGUUCAGGAUAGUGACGUGUCAGUCGGACUGGCGGGAGCUGUGGGUAGAUGAUGCCAUUUGGCGGUUGCUGUUCUCCAUGAUCCUCUUUGUCAUCAUGAUUCUUUGGCGACCAUCUGCAAACAACCAGAGGUUUGCCUUUUCACCAUUGUCUGAGGAAGAGGAGGAGGAUGAACAAAAGGAACCUAUGCUGAAGGAAAGCUUUGAAGGAAUGAAAAUGAGAAGUACCAAACAAGAACCCAAUGGAAAUAGUAAAGGAAACAAAGUACAGGAAGAUGAUUUGAAAUGGGUAGAAGAGAAUGUUCCUUCUUCAGUGACAGAUGUAGCACUACCAGCCCUUCUGGAUUCAGAUGAGGAGCGAAUGAUCACACACUUUGAAAGAUCCAAAAUGGAGUAAAGAAUGGGAAGAUUUGCAGUCGAAGAUGGCUACUAUCAGGGAAGAGAUCAGCUUCUGUGUCAGUCUUCUACACUGCUCCAUAGGAUUAAAGGAGGCAAUGACAUCCUGAUCUGUUCCUUGAUCUUUGGGAAUUGGAGUUGGCAAGAGGUGUCAGAAUGAGGAGAACAUCUUAUUGAAAAUAACUUCAUAAGAUGAGAAAAAUCUACAAGCUUCUUAUUUACAACAUUGAUGACCUUUUCCCUCCCAAACCCUGACAUGGAUGUUUAUGCAACUUAUGUGUGUUGUUCCUGAAAUUUCUAUAAUAUUUCAGUUGUUUAAUCUGUCAAACUAAAAAGUUUAACAUCUUCUAAAGGACCGUGUCAACACCAUAAUAUGUAAUCUCCAGGAGCAACUGCCUGCAAUUUUUAUUUAUUUAGGGAGUUACAUAGGUGAUGGGGGAAAUUAUUAAUUAUCUUUCAUUUACCUGAGAAGUCAAGGUUCCAUCUUGGAGAGGUAGUUUUAAGAAAAAAAGGGCUCUUCUUAGUUAAGGAGCCAUGGUUCUAUUGAUUAAAAGAAAAAAAAAAAGAGAGAGAAACUGUUACAGUGUGAUGCAGAUCAUUUAAAAGAGCAAAAUCAAGUGCAAUUUUGUUUACAAAUGGUGUAUAUUAAAGAUUUUUCUAUUUCAGAUGUACUUUAAAGAGAAAUAUUAGCUUAACUCUUUUGACAUCUGCUAUUAUGACACAUCCCAUUGCUGGCAAUGUGGUGCACACUCCGAAACUUUUAACUACUGUCUUGUAAGCCUUCAAGGGUGGCAUUGUGGAGUCCUAGGCAAUGCUUUGUUUGCCUUCAUGCCAUUCACUGGGUGUUGCACUAGAUGCAGAGAGCUGCUCCAUCUAAGUGCUGUGAUUGAGCACCCUGCUAUUGGGACUGUAUGCUUCAGAAGAGGGAGUUAUACAAAGGAAACAGGUGCUGCUGGCUUAAUUUAAACAGUAAUUCUUGCAUGAAGUAGUGUGGAGGCCCUGGACUGCUGCUCUUUCUUUAGGAUUUGACUGUUCUAAUAUCUGGUGUUGGUUUAGAGACUGUUUAUAAGGGACAUCACAAGGUGAUGGGAUUCAUUUGAAACAUUAUAUUUCUGUUUUAAUGGUUUUAUUCAAUUUUGCCUUCCCAAGAGUUUUGUUCUAUGUAAAAAGUUCAUGCCACUUUUUAAUAUAAAAAAUUUUAACAAAAUUAA